UCCACUCUCAAUCGAACCUCUGACCCUUGCUCCAACCGUGGUCUCUCAACCGCUCUCUCCAGGCGCGGUCUCCACCGUUCAGCACCGCCGCCGCUGCCACACCCUCGACAAAAAUCCCUCACUCCUCCGACUGUGGUCUCAGAUCCUCCUGCUCCUCUCAAUCAAACCCCCCGACGAAAACCCCUCUCCUCCGACUUUGCAUUUCCAGCCGCGGUCGAGCCGUUGUGUCUCUCUAUCGCUCGCUCCUGCUAGUUGUUGGCGUGAAUGAAUAUUGCAGGAGAAUGGGCGCAUAAUCUGGAGUUCUCUCUCUCUCUCUCUCUCCAACGCCCAACACAGCUCGCUGUCUCUGUCUCCCCAAUGCCGUCCUCGUUGUAACCGUGUUCUCUCCUCGAACUACAUCAGAAAUCAGAGCCCAGUCUUCGUUAUUCAAGGCUGAGGUCGCUCUGCUUUUCCUCAACAGGUUAUAAGUAAUGGACAAGAGUUGGAUGACGAUAAGAAGAAAUAGGUUGGCAAGUAGAGAGUAUAUACUAGGGGUGGAAUCUUUCCUACAAUUUGCGAUGGCGAAUUUAGGACCACAGCCUGAGAUUCGGUGUCCAUGUAAUGAUUGUCUAAAUGGCAGAAAACAUAGCUUUGCAGUUAAGAUCCAUUUGAUACGGAAAGGAUUUGACUCUUCUUACAAGACUUGGGUGCACCAUGGGGAAUUUGUUCCCACACCUCAAGCAUAUGAUGAUGACCAUCAUCACCCCAAUGAAGGUAUUGGGGAUGAAACUGGAGGGGAGGUCCCUAAGGAUGGUAACCCAUUGCAAAAUAUGUUGGAACAGGUCUUUGUUGGUGGCCUUUUGGAUGACGAUAGCGAUGAAUUGCCUGCUAAUCUUGGGAGGGGCAAUGUCCGGAGUUUCGAUAAGUUGUUCAAUGCUGCUCAACGUAAAAUUUAUCCUGGAUGUGAAAAGACUGUGCUAGCAUUCAUUGUUGAGUUGCUUCAUGUUAAAGUCUACAAGAAGAUGCCGAAUGACACGUUCCAUAUUAUGAUGAAUAUUAUUAAAGGGAUGCGAUCAGACUAUGAUGAGGCUAUUCCUUGGAACACUUAUGAAGCGAAGAAAUUCUUAAGGGAUUUGGGUUUGGGAUAUGUGCCUAUUCAUGCAUGCAUAAAUGACUGCGCACUCUUUUGGAAGGAGAAUGCAAAUAUGGAAAAUUGCCCAAAGUGUAAUGAGCCUAGGUACAAGGUGAACGAUGAUUGCAUCAUGCCUCCUGGAUCAAAAAAGAGCAGUGCAUCUUCUAACUCGACAAGCACAAUGCGUAACACUGCAGCAGUACGAGUUGAAACAGAAGCUCUAACACCCGCUUCAGAGAUUCUGACAUCUACUCCUUUGACUGUUUCAUCUCCUUCUACCCAUGCUAGUGCUUCAGGUGCACCUUCAGCAAAGCGGUGGUGUGUGCGAGGGCCAACACGUGGAAAAAGAAUUAGAAGGAUAAUUGUUGAGAAUAAAGGGGAGAGGAUCUCAGCUUAUGUGAUGCCAGAAAUGAGAGCGUUUUGUGGAAUAAAUGCAAACAAGGUGGCAAGUGAACUAGGGACACAAAUUAGGUGGAUAUGUCCUAUUCAGGGAUUUUACGCCUCGUGGAAUGAUGGUAGUGAUGACUUGAAACGUGCUGUCCUACAAGCAGUCCGGGUAAGAAUGUCAAAUUUGAAUGGUUACCAGCAUAACACCCUCAUAAUAUAAAGACUGCAGAUUGCAUUCUGUUAGUGAAUUCUCUCAUAUAUGUUCGUAGGACAAAUUUAAAGUCACCGAAAAUGGCGUUGAGGGCACCGAGUUAGUUGAGCAAAUUUUUCAAGAAAAGGCAAAUCUAAUAUACAAAGAUUGGAAAUGGAGAAUGAACAAUUUCUAUACAAAGACAUUGGAAGCUGGAUUAGACGCAUAUCAUCAUCCAUUUCAAGAGAUGUCCAUAGAUGAC